AGCACGCGAGUCUCAUCACUUUUGCUGCGUCCCAAUUUGCAUAAUAUCCGUUCUAAAUAUCAUUAUGCCAAAGAUUCUCGGAUGGUCUACUACUUGAGAUUAAAAUUCGAAGUGCAGAUCGAGAACUACAAACACGUAUAAAAGCGUUCAAAAACUACCAAAAUGGCGGAUAUGCGAGACCAACGGACAACAGAGAAAGGGAUCUAUGUGACACUGUUAUAAAGAUGGCAUUUAUUAAAGUGGAGAGUGAAGACAUGACGAUUGAAGAAACAUUCAGAGUCAAACAUGAAGAUACUGAGGAACAAACAAAGAUGGAUUUUAUUAAAGAGGAGAGUGAAGACAUGAAGAUUGAAGAAACAUUCAUAGUCAAACAAGAAGAUCCUGAGGAACAAUCAGACCUGAUGACACUGAAAGAGGAGAGUCGUGAAAUCAGUGUUCAGCAUGAGAAAUAUGAUUUCCUGAAUGAAGAAAAAUCAUUUAGUUGCUCACAUACUGAAAAGCCUUCACGAAAAAGAGCUCAAAAGACAGCAAAUAGAAGGCAUUUCACCUGCCAACAGUGUGGGAAAAGUUUCACAAGAAAAGCACAUCUUCAUGUCCACACGAGAGUUCACACUGGAGAGAAACCUUUCACCUGUCAACAAUGUGGAAAGAGUUUCAUGAAAUAUGAAAACCAUAAAAAACACACAAGAAUUCAUACAGGAGAGAGGCCUUACACAUGCUCUCAAUGUGCAAAAAGUUUUUCAUUUAAACAACACCUCAAUGACCACAUGAGAAUCCAUACUGGAGAGAAACCUUUCACCUGCGAACAAUGUGGAAAGAGUUUCACUAAAAAAGGAAACCUUAAAUACCACAUGAGUGUUCACACUGGAGAGAAACCUUUCACAUGUUCUCAAUGUGGGAACAGCUUCACCAAAAAAGGAACUCUUACAGCCCACACAAGAAUUCAUACAGGAAAUAAACCUUUCACAUGUUCUCUAUGUGGGAAACGAUUUAAUCAUAAUCAACAUCUCAAGGACCACAUAAGAGUUCACACUGGAGAGAAACCUUUCACCUGCCAACAGUGUGGGAAGGAUUUUACUCAAAAAGGAAACCUUACGAAACAUAUGAAGAUUCACACUGGAAAGAACCCAUUUACAUGUGAUAAGAGUUUUGAAUAUAAAGUAGCACUUUAACAUGUACAAUCACACCGGUGUGAUUAUUGUUCAGUGUGUCGUGAUUAACUGCUA